CACACACACAGACAGUGAGACAGAGGCAGUGGGGCCUAGCAGACAAAAUCAGGACGUGGCAUCAUCACAGGAAGAGAAGCCAAACAACUUUUCUUUCUGUUUAAUCGGGUCCCUUCUGCUUCUUCUCAGGCGUAUUUCAAGUGGCCGGGUUUGCCGAUGAUUAAGAGAGGAGUUAAAGUUUCUUCAGAGGAGACAUCCAGUGUGAUCCAUGUCCUCUGGGAGAUAAGUGGAGGCAGAGGAAUUCUCUCGAGCGUUCCCACAGAUCCCCACAGCAUUCCAAGCGUUCAAAGCGGGCCGUCAGCCAGAAACAUCAAAUCAAGAUCAAAACAUCAAAUCAAGAAGGUUACAACUUCUUCUCAUCCAUCCAUCCUAAUCACUGGCACAGUGUAAAGGGACAUGGCUCUGUGCCUGGGGCAGGUCUUCAGCAAAGACAAGACCUUCAGGCCUCGAAAGCGUUUCGAGCCAGGCACCCAGCGCUUUGAGCUGUAUAAGAGAGCACAAGCAUCGCUGAAGUCUGGCCUGGACCUCAGGAAGGUGGUGCAGUUGCCCGAAGGAGAGAACAUUAAUGACUGGAUCGCCGUGCAUGUCGUGGACUUCUUCAAUCGCAUCAACCUGAUCUAUGGAACGGUCAGCGAGUUCUGCACAGAGAGGAGCUGCCCUGUAAUGUCUGGAGGCCCUCGCUAUGAGUACAGAUGGCAGGAUGGGGGCCAUUACAAGAAGCCCACCAAACUACCAGCUCUAAAGUACAUGAACCUGUUGAUGGACUGGAUUGAAGCACUCAUCAACAAUGAAGACAUCUUCCCUACACGCGUAGGGGUUCCUUUUCCUAAGAACUUCCAGCAGGUGUGCAAAAAGAUCCUAAGCCGGCUUUUCCGUGUAUUUGUGCAUGUGUACAUCCACCACUUCGACAGCGUUUGCAACAUGGGAGCCGAGGCACACGUCAAUACCUGCUACAAGCACUACUACUACUUCAUCUCUGAGUUCAGUCUCAUCGAUCAAUCGGAACUAGAGCCACUGGUGAGAACAACAUGUUUGAACUUGGAAGAUGUGGAUGAUUUUACAAAGCAGCCAGUGGAGACCUAUGACAGAGAAGAUCUGCAACUGAUACAAAUGGACAGUGAGGAGAUUCAUAAAGCCUAAGUGCUUCCUGAUGGAGCAGUGGAGCAUUUUGAGUCUUUAAGCCAAAGGAACAAUGUAUUCAGGAUCUUCUUGUUUUAGGAUCUUAUCCUUUCCUCAAAUGAGCCAAGCAGACGAAUAGCUGUGGCAGACUUGACAUUUCAAGAGUGACCAUGGGGGUUCUUUUGGGUCCAAUAAUGCUAUCUGUGCCAAAAUACUAUUUCUUUCCAUUCAUUUUAGGAUCUGUGCUUACACAUCAGUCUUCAAGUGGCAAAAAUGCACUUGACAUGUAUAGUAUUGUAAUAGUUGCUAUGUGUGGCGCAUUUUUAGCGUCAAAUUGUACUUGGAAUAUGGCUUUUGUUAAAAAAUGUUGCCUGACGAAACCUUUUUUAUGUGAAAGACUGACAGAAAAUUUAAUUUUUGCUGCAAAUUUACUUUUCGGAACAUCUGAUGUGUUAUGUGACAUUAUUAUGUUUUGUGUUAUGAUGUAUUUCCUUGAGGUUGAGCAAGGACUUGUUUUUGCAUGCUGCUUUCAAGGUCUCCUGCUGGGGCAUGUUAAGCAGCUGAGGCUCCAGGGCAAUUUUGAAAUACAACAGUUUUCAUCUGUCUUGUGAAAGUGCCAGAAAGGCCCUACCUUGUAUUUCCACUUCUAUGAAAAGGCUUUGUGUGGGUUUCACUCUAUUUAAUUUGUGCAUGCUUUUAGAGAAAUAUGUAUGAAAUUUUCCAAAGAACAUCUCCCUCUGUCAAACCGGCUGAGCUGCCAAAAGACUGGGAAAAUACAAACUGCGUGACUCGCCUUUUUGUGGUUAGUUUGAAAAUGAAAUCGAUUGCACUUCUGCUGGAAUGCCAAUAUGUGGAUCUGGAUCUUUCCAUUUUACUUAUAUUUUACUUGCUUAUUUCUGUUUUCUGGAAUGUGCAAAUCAAUCAAAGGGCCUUUUAUGUCUCUCCUCUCGUAACGAGAAAUGCUACAUUACACUUUAUCAUAUAUUAUACAUGCUUUUACAAUUGCAACAUUAAAUUCACUUAAUGAAUGAGACUAAAGCCGAAUCUCAAAUGGCUCUGUACUCCCUACAUAGUGCACUACAUAAUUCACAAAUGGCUUCACAAUAAAGUAGUGCUUUAAAUCUA